AAUACCAGCCUAUACGCCUUUAUUGCGGGUUAUAAAUGAUGAUUGCUGUCUUGAUUCAUUGGAAGCAAUUUCGCUAAAACAUUGCGCUUACCGUUACUUGGAUACAGGAAAUGAUGACUGGUAAUUCGAUCAGCAAAGUGCCUGUAGUGAGUAAACAAUACUGUUCAGGUUCUGAGAUAGUUCUUUACGUACGAAGGAGGCCACAUGUGGUGAAUGGAGGCGGCUUUGUGGUCGUAGAUGGCAAUCAAAAGAUUGUUUUCAGGGUUGAUGGUUGUGGGAUUCUUGGAAGGAAGGAGGAGCUGGUUGUAAGGGCUGGCGAUGGUAGUGAAUUGCUGCUCGUAAGGAGAAAGGGAGGAGUUAUGGAAGCACUAAGCCUUUGCAGAAGAUGGAGGGGAUAUGCACACGACUUGGAAGGAUCUCAGAAGCCAAUUUUCUGCUUGAGAGAACCCUCCAAUUCAUGUCUGUGGAUGAAAAAUCCCAUAACAAUAUCCGUUACAUCAAACGAGUAUACAGGUUUCAGGGAUUUUGAGAUCAGAGGUGACUUUACCAACAGGAAUUGCAGCAUAGUUGACUCCAGCGGCAGGAUCGCAGCACAGGUAGGAAUGUGUAAGGAGGUGGAGGUAGUAAUGGCAAGCAGGGAUCUGUAUAAUGUGGUGGUGAAGCCUGGAAUUGAUCAGGCCUUUGUUUUCGGAGUCAUUGCUAUCCUGGACUACAUAUACGAUGGCUCCACCAGAUGCUGAAGCCCGAAGCAGAUCAAACCAAGAAAAAUAUGUCUUGCUUCAUUUGUCAAUGUCAUCAGACAUGACAAAAUUACAUUUGCAGUUGCGAAGGAGUCCUACAUAUAAUUGUUUGGUUCUUAUUUUAUUGCUAAUUGGUGUUACUAUAUGUUAAAUUUGAAUUAUUAUUCAUACAGAA